AUGUCAAGCUCCUACCACGAUUAUGAUAUCGAGGUUUGGCAGCAAAUCCAACCCUGGAAUCAGCCACCAUCGCACAAGACUUCGCCCUUGUGGGAUGGCUUUCGCAUCGAUUUUUACAUCACCAAGGUACGGAGAGUGAAGAACUACGACAGCAACAGCAACAAACCACCGAGUACUGUCGACGAACAAACAUCUUCUAAGAGAGAAUCGGGUUGGCUCCUCAAAGAUGAGGCCAUGUGUACUGACAACAAUGGUGUCAUGUCCACUUUGCUUAGCGUGAUGCUCAAGUUGCCGGAGGAAAAACAUGGCGAUUUGUUGCGAGAAAUAGCAACUGUUGCUCGUUGUGCCGGGGCAUCAAGGAUGCCCAUUGUUGUGAACUUCAAGAAAGUGUACACGAUAGUUUUGGACACCGCGGAGAUUUAUGACGAGGUGAAGCCAAUUCCGGCGUCUAAAUCUUCCAUUGUAGCUUUGGAGAAGGUCAGGUCGAAUUCGGAUGGAGAGUGUAUUAUCUGUACGCAGGAGUUUCAGAUUGGUUCUGAAGUCACUCGCAUGCCAUGUUCGCAUGUUUAUCAUGGACAUUGUGUUGUCAAGUGGUUGAAGACGAGUCACUUCUGUCCCUUGUGUCGAUAUCCAAUGCCACAAUGA